GCCGAAUAUCCGUUGCAAGUCAGUCGCUGUGGUCAGUUGGACGCUCACAUCCAUAGCGUCUGCAUGCCUUACCUAUAUAACGUGCAUUCCUCGUUAGCGUCCAGUGUUCUUAUUAACUCUGCGAGCUCAAAUAGUGAAAUACGUCGUUUAUCAGUUAAUCGCAGAUUAACGGAGAUGCUUAAUGCGGUGACAAAGCGAAUCAUACGUGGACUAUUGUUUUGCCUCUAUUGCCUUAUGAGCCCGGUGAUACUCUAUCGAGCUCUAGGAUCACGGAAGCGAUGUUCACUUGUCCGCAACAAAUUGCUACUUCUGUCCGCCACUGAGCUCGCCAGAAAGAUUCGCGAACAACAGAUCACAAGUGAGGAAGUCGUGACGGCCUAUAUCACAAGAUGCAGAGACGUCAAUCCCGUGAUCAACGCAAUCGUCGAAACGCGGUACGAUCUUGCCAUUCAAGAGGCUAGGGAAGCUGACAAGAUGAUACGCCUGGGUCACAAGAGCCUCGAUGAAAUCGCACGGGAUACUCCGCUUCUGGGGAUUCCCAUUACGGUCAAAGGGAGUAUUGCUGUGCAGGGUAUGAACCAUGCAGCCGGAAGGAAAUGGCCAGAGAUUCCACGAGCUUUGUGCGACGCGGAUGCGGUGCAAAGAGUGCGAGAGGCUGGAGGCAUUGUGCUUCUUGUGAGCAACACACCGGAAUUGUGCAUGUGCUGGGAGACAUACAACAAUGUGACUGGGAUGACCGUGAAUCCCUACGAUACAAGGAGAACGGCAGGUGGUUCAUCAGGGGGUGAGGCUGCCCUGCUCGGCUCCGCAGCAUCGCUUCUAAGUCUCUCCUCCGAUAUUGGAGGCUCAGCUCGACUUCCAGCCAUGUUUUGCGGAAUAUUUGGUCACAAACCUACACCAGGUUUCGUUUCAACGAAUGGGCACAUGCCAGGAUCAAACGAUAAAGCCUGGCCUAAUUUUUUCACCUUGGGACCAAUGGUCAGAUACGCUGAGGACUUGCCACUACUACUGAAGGCCAUGUGCCAAAGUAGCGGAUCAAAAUUAAAAUUGGACGAUAAGGUACCAUUGAGAGACAUAAAGUUCUUCUACAUGGAAGACGACUGCGGUUCUGGAGCAACAAGCUCUAUAGACCGAGAUAUAAAACGAGCGAUUCGACGGCUGAUUGAACACCUCAAUUCCCUACAGGGUGUAAUGGUGCAAAAGGCAGAGUUGACGGACAUGAAGUACUCAUUCGAAGUGAUGGCCGCGAUUCUUUUGCACAUCGAUGGAGUUGAGAGCAUUUAUAGCAAGAAAUCAAAUCCCCAAGAGUCGAAAAGCGUCACUGUAGAGAUUCUGAGGUACCUUUGCUGCAUGUCCCCUCAUACGUUUCCCAGCAUAUCGUACGGGGUUCUUAAAAAGGUUAAUAAUGCAACGCCGCAGACCUAUUUCAAGAUGGUUGAAAAGAAUGCAGCCAUAAAGAAGCAGUUUGCGGACCUACUCGGUGAUAAUGGUGUUCUAAUCUAUCCUACAUUUGUGUCGGCCGCCCAUUAUCCCUACGAGAUAUACCACAAGGUCUGCAACGUAUCAUAUUUGGCAAUUUUCAACUCCCUCGGACUUCCAGUAACGCAAUGUCCUCUGGGGUUUAACAGAAACGGAUUACCGAUCGGUGUCCAGAUUGUUGCAAAUCCCGGAUGUGAUCACCUCACACUUUCCGUAGCGCGGGAAAUUGAAAGAGCAUUCGGCGGAUGGCAACAACCAACAACAGGCGAGAAAGUUUGACCAAUAAAACUGCAGGACCUUACAAUCCUUAGAUUUGGAAUGGCGGGAAGUUGAAAAGAAAAUGAAAAGCAAUGCGAAUCCUAUUGCAGCGAAUUUUCAGCUUACAGAAACAACUUUGAUGACAUUUUCAACUUGUAAUGUAAAAGUUCUCAAAUAUUUGAAAUCGUGUAACUCAUAUUCAUUGUGAACAAUUGAGACAUGAGCAGUUAUUACUGAGUAACAACUUCAACUAAGAAAAGUGAUAAAGGUAAUUAAACUAAGAGUAACAAUAACAAUUAAAGGAGUACAAAUAGAAAUUAAAAGUGAGAAACUUUUCGUAUCUUUACACAUCUAGUAACUAGCUUGCAUGGUAAUGCGAAGGAGUAAUCUAUUUUUUACAAUUUGGUAAAGAAAAGUGACAUUAAAGUUAUAAAUUUUAAAAGAAAACGUGAUUCAUAGUAAGGACAUAAACCAGUUAAAUCCUUGUCCAUAUGCGAUCAAGAGUUUAAUUUAUGUACAAAAUGUAAUAUUGAAAUAUUAA